CGCUGAAGGGGCUGUUGCUAUGCGACCAGAGGCGCGUCGCCUCUCUGUGUCACGAUGGCUGAAAGAAGUUUGGAUAAAAAGGCUCAGUCCGUCGUUUCGCAGACAAAGAGACGCCCGGCCUCCACCAAGAAGACCGAAAGGUCCAGGAGGGUUGCAUCAAGGCCGCAGGAAAAAUCUGCCUCUGGUCCAACAAAGAAACAUACAGAUGACCUUUUCGCUAAAGAAGAACAAUAUAAACUCCUAAAUGCACAGCUGGAAGCCAAAACAGCAGAAAUUGUGAGACAGGCAGAGCAGCUCAUGAAAGAACAGACUGAAGUUCUGUCCAAGCCCUUAUCCAACAUCCUGCUCACAUAUACUGAAGAUGAAGAAGAUUCUAGGUUAACGAAGCCUCAACGGUGCACUGAACAGCACCCUGGUGUGAAGAUGGUGACGCAAAAAAAGGCCACAUCAACAUCGCAAGCCAUCGGUACUGGAAAACAAGAGAAGGAGCCUCACCAGAAUACCUCUAAGGUGUCACAGGUGGAGGAUUCUACAGCCUUUGAAGAUUCGGAUGAUUUUUUCUUGGCAACGACGAUUCAAAACAUGGAAGAAAAGAUGACAGACGCUGUUGUUCAUGAAAACGCUGUGGAUGAUGUGACCAAUGCUGGAGCCAACGUAGGAUCAGUCGUUUCAGAUGCUCAAAUGCGGGUCCUUAAGGCAAAACUACGUAUUAUGCAAGAAGAGCUGGAUGAGCUGUCUAGUGAAUAUUAUAAGAGGGAUGAUGAAAACUCCAAGCUUAACGCAAAAAUGAAGGAGAUUGAGGAGGAUCGAGCCAGACUGCAGAAGACCACAAGCAUCCAGCAAACACAGAUUGAGAAGCACAGAGCUUUAGCCGAGGAGUCAGCCAAAAAAUGUGACGGCCUUCAGCUGCAAGUGUCUGGUUUGCACAAGGAAAUAGAAAAUCUAAACAGAUCCCACAAACAAGCAGCGGCUGUUCACGGCACAGUGGAGGUUCGUUUGAACAGAGCUCUGGAGGAGGUGGAGAGGUUAAAGACUCAACUGAACAAGAUGGAACAAACGAACAAGGAGAAGAUAAGUGAGGAACAUAAAAGUACAGAAAACCUACUUGCUGAAAACAAAAUGCUGAAAAAACAAAAAGCUGAACUCAUCGUAGGGUUCAAGAAGCAGCUCAAGCUGAUCGACAUUCUCAAGAAGCAAAAGAUGCACUUUGAAGCUGCCAAGCUGCUGUCCUUCACAGAAGAAGAGUUCAUGAAAGCUCUGGACUGGGGGAAGUCAUAGAUGAUCGGUCCACAUUUCAUUUUUUUUCAAGCAAAGCAAGUUGAUUAAAGGUGCCUUCCUAAUUUUUAGAGAUAUGUUUGUAUGCUACGGAGUCAAGAACUUUCGUUUGCAGUCUCUCAGAAUUUUAGUAAGCGGUUCAAAAGCUUACAGUUUGAGCUAAGAUAGAAUUUAGAUGAAGACGUGUUUCCUAAACACGAUCAGAUUCAGUCAGCUGGUCUUUUUAGAAUGAAUUUUAUUGAGAUCUUGUCAGUACAGUUUGAAUAAAAAGAUGUCUAAAAUGAU